CGUAACAACGCGUCCGUGUGUUAUUCAAGGUAGCCGCACAGAACCACAGUCGAAUGUGAUCACAGUGACAACACAAUGGAUGCGAAAGUGAUGGCACAGACAUUGAGUGCAGUCAUCUUAAUGAUCGCGGUGGUCUGUAACUCUGAGGAGAAUUUUGGCAUCGCGGAAGGAACUAACGUGACCACAGCAAUCCCGCCGCCGACGCUGGCGGGCCACCACGUGUGCUCGCGCGAGCAGCAGUACAACGGUACGCGCACGGUGGCCGUGACGGCGGUGGCGGUGAGGGUGCAGGCCCCCUGCGUGUACGGCUGGUUCUGGCGCCUGUGCUACAAGCUCACGUACCGCAUGGCGUACACCCUGCAGGACUACCAGAGCAGCCGCAACGUGUCCGAGUGCUGCCUGGGCUACGAGCAGCUGGGGAGCCAGUGCGUGACGCCGACGCCGCCGACGACGCCGCCACUGCACGAUUCGGUAGCGCUGAAGAAAGUGAAAGCCACGACAUCGCCCGCUCACGGUGCCACUGUGUGGCGCGACACCCAGACUCAAGGUCCCUUCGCCUCCGCUUCCUCCUCACGAAGGCCGCCAGCUCUACCGCAAACCCUGCCCACGCACUCGCUCAUCUACAGGCAGCAGCAGGAGCUGCUGUGGCUUUCACGCACGCAACAGCAGCAACGCUCGGCUGGGCCAUGGAACCCACAGUCACCCUUCGGGCCCACUAUCGGUGCCGCGUUAAUCGCGCACCCUUCCGUCGACACCCCGCGCGCAACGAGCCUCGGUCCUUCGAGCACACCAGAUGUGGGAUUACAGAGCCCUCAAAUAACUCACAGCACCCGCAGAGACCCAUCACUGCCUUCACGAGGUUCCCAAAUACUGCAGAGCACUCACAGGGACCCAACACUGCCAUUGCAUAGCCCCCAGAGUACCCACAGGGACCCAUCACUGCCUUCACAGGGCCCCCAGAGGACCCAAACGGAGCAGACGAACGAGCAGCAGUCACAUUGA